AGAUGACAGAUUUCUACACCAUCACCUACUUCAAAAAUGAUCAGCCAACCACUUUUAAGCUUUAGAUGCUUAUUGAUUUUUGUUUCCGGCCUCGUCUCAGUGGCAAUAUCUCAAUCUAUAACAGAGAAAACACCUUCCCUUAAUGAAAUCAAAAACUUGAAAAACACCGAACUUGAUGAAAUAUUCGGUGCAACGAUGAGCAAAACCCCGCCCCCAGACCUUCCAGAUAUGGGACCAAUCGGAUCAUCUGGUCCCGAUCCAAUUGGUAGAUUCAAUCGAGUUCCACCUGGUCCACGUGAACUUCCAAUUAAUCAUGGGCAUGCUUUGAGCCCCCAACCGAAUCCCGGACAGUCUGGUGGAGAGUUUCAAAGUCUCGCUGCUCAGGGAGCUAAUGUUUUUGCAACUGGUGCAACAGCUUUUUAUAGAGGUGCUGCAACAGUUGGAGAAGCAUUCGGCAUUCCAACUGGCAACUACCAAGUUCCGCUUUUUAAUCAAGCCGCUUCAUUAUUUGGAAAAUAAAUUUACAAAUUACUUUACUCUGAUAUUGUUUUGUUUGUAAAUAUCGUUUCAUAAAACGUUUCUUUUUUUGAAAACCUUUUUCAAUGACCAGCCUUUAGUUGACAGCUGUUCAAAAAUAGGGACCAAGAUCCCCAGUAU